GCUAGUUGGUUAAAACCACCGGCCCUGAAAUCAUCGAGAAGGGUUCUACCCAGGUACCUCACUUGGAGAUAUGUACACAACAACUACAGAAAAAUUCUCUUCCUCGUUGUAUUCAUAUUGAUCAACGUUGCUCUCUUCACUGAGGCCGCAUAUCGAUACGCCAAAAAGAAAUCAAAUUGGUGCCUCAUAACAGCUCGUGGUUGUGGUCAGUGCCUGAAUUUUAACUCUGCCUUCGUCCUUGUCCUCAUGUUACGAAAGACUAUCACUACUUUACGGACGACGAAAGCCGCUGAGAUCCUACCAACAGAUCAGAAUAUCAUAUUCCACAAAAUGGUUGGAAUCUUCAUCGCAUUGCUUUCUGGGAUACAUACCCUGGGACACAUAGGCAAUGCGUGGUUUGUGGAGAAGGUAAGUGAGGGUAACAUCACGAUGUCUGCUUUACUCUUCUCAAACCCUCACUUGACAAACCUCGGGCUUGCUCCCGUAGCCGGAAGUGCCUUUCUCACUGGGUGGGUGUUGGACGUCGUCCUCGCCAUCAUGGUCAUAUGCUCAAUGCCCUUUGUCAGACGAUCAGGACAUUUUCAAGUGUUUUACUUCACGCACAUGUUAUACGUGGUGUUCUGGGGUCUUCUUCUCAUACACGGACCAAGGUUCUGGUACUGGUUUGUAGUACCGGGUAUCAUCUUCAUCGUGGAAAAACUCAGUCAGACUAAAUGCGUCAAGCAAGCCCGUUAUGGAAAGACUUACGUACAGGAGGUUAACCUUCUCCCGUCAGGGGUAACGCAUCUUGCAUUGACGAGACCGAAUCGAUUUCAUUAUAAAGCUGGUGAUUAUAUAUUCAUCAAUAUUCCUCAGAUUGCUCAAUAUGAGUGGCAUCCAUUCACCAUCAGCAGUGCACCAGAACAACAAGGCACAAUAUCAAUGCAUAUUCGAUCAGCGGGUAACUGGACAAACCGACUCUAUGCAUUCUUCGAGGACCGGCAGAAGAGGAACCGGGAUGAGACCGAGCUACUCCUGGGCAGUGCCUCAGACAUCCGCGUUGCCAUGGAAACGGAGGAAGUUGAGGAGACAAACCACGCUGGCGAGUUCAUUCGUCUAAGGGAGAUGGAAUGCGAUGCAGCCGAAGCUGAUGUUAAACCUGCCCUCAACCAUCGUGGUGCUAACGGGAACCUUCCUCAUGGCCUGCCGCGGGGCUACUCUGUCGAGAGAGAAGAAAGCGAGGACAAUCAACACCAGCACAGGACUAUUGCGUGUCAGACCACAUUUGAAAUGAAAGGUGCCAAGUCCUGGAGAAGUUCACUUCGAGAGGAAAAGAUACAGGUAUUCAUCGAUGGGCCGUAUGGUACUGCUACGAGAGGUAUCUUCCAAGCAGAACAUGCGGUGCUUGUCGGAGCUGGCAUCGGCGUAACACCGUUUGCAUCUAUUCUUCAGUCUAUAAUGCACCGUUAUCGUGUAGGCAGACAGACAUGCCCGAUAUGUCAACACACGUGGUUAGGAAACAUACCAACUGACAUGAUGAGACUCAAGAAAGUGGAUUUCAUCUGGAUCAAUCGAAAUCAGAACGCAUUCGAGUGGUUCGUCAGCCUUCUCACACAACUUGAAAUGGAACAGGCACAGGAACCGUUCGAUCGGUUCCUGGAACUACACAUGUACAUGACGUCAGCGAUGGCCAAAAAUGACAUGAAGGGAAUUGGUCUACAGAUGGCAUUAGAUAUCAUGCACAAGAAAGGACAUCGAGAUCUUAUCACUGGACUUAAGACCAGGACACAGCCAGGAAGACCAGACUGGAACAAGAUUUUCACACAGAUUGCUCGAGAGAAGAAAGGAAAAGUCCAGGUAUUCUUCUGCGGUUCUCCAACUUUAGCAAAGGUCAUCAAGAAGAGCUGCGAGAAAUUUAACUUCAGUUUCCACAAAGAAAAUUUCUAAAUCGACUUUUGAACUCAUGGAACAAAAAUAAAGGACUGAAUGAUGAUUGAUGACGAUGAUUCAUUCUGCAAUGAACGGUGAUGGAAGGACAAAGUGAUUUGAUAAUUUUUUUUAAAAGGAGCAUUUAUUGACACGGACAAAACAUGUUUAAGGACUUGGCUUUUAUUUAUUCUGUCAGAUGUUGCUUCUAACGAGAACAUUAACGAAAUUAUUAUCGGUGAUUUCUUAAUCAAUAAUGCAUGAAAAGGGGAACGUAUAUUGUUGAGAAUAAUAUUGUUUACAAUGAGAGCAUAUUGAGUCAGGAAAAUUGAGAGGAAGGCGAAUGCGUGUGUGUUCAUAAUGGUGUGAGGGUGUGUGUGUGCAUGCGGGGGUGCAAGGAUGUCUGUGGGUGUGUGUGGAUGGGUGUGUGUACGUUUGUUUGUGCGUGUGAGAGAGGAGAAAGAGGCAUAGAAUCAGGGGAAGAAGGCGAGAGGAUUGCGAGAAUAUUACAAAAUUCUCUUGAAAAUGUUCGAAAAUUUGAAAAUAGUUAUUUUGGUCAUACACUGUAUGCAAAUCAGUAAGUGAGAGACACUUCUAUUUUGAUUGGUAUUCUUGCAAGCAAGAAUCUAAAAUCUUAUAUACCUGUAUAUUACAGUUACAUGCAGAGCAUGAUCAGAUUGAAUUUGCCAGAGGAUUUGUACAUUACUUUCUUGAACGAUUACUCUUUUUUGCUUUGAUGAUCCUAUCUUCCUAAAUUAUAUCGUGUGGUUGUUAUCGUGCUUCGUUUAUUAUCAUUAUCAUUACUCUGAUGUCUAACGCCUAAUGCACCAAAUAUUAUCGUGAAUACGUCAGUCAUUUUCAUUUUAAUCAAUUGGGUGGAAUUGAGACUGCAGCUUUAUUAUAAUCUUGCAAGGAUACAGAAAACAUGAGUUAACAUCGUCGGUGGUUACUUAGAUGUUGACAUUAUGAGAGAAGAUACAGGUACCGUCUCUCGUGAAUGAUACGCUUCUGCAAUUUCUCUAUAAUACUGCAUAGUAGAAAUUAAAUGCACUUUUUUAAGAAAGAGAAAAAAUGUAAUGAGAAUUAAAUAAUGCUUCCAGUUUAGUACAUUUGCCAUUCUUGACUAAAAGCUGUUAAAAUUAAGCGAAUAAUUACACUCUAAUGGCAACAUGAUUAAAAUGGAAUCCAUAUUUUAAGGUUCUUCGAUAGUUUUCAAUUACACGAUAUAAUAUUGUAAUUUAGUUUUACAUGCGCUAUUGUAGGGUACAAAAUAAUAAUUGUUAACGAGGGGACAGAAAGCGGCGAAUCAGAAGAUUUCUGAAUAGUUGCGUGAGAUAGUAAGCGAAAAAUGACAUUUUUAGAAUAUAACUCUCAUUAUAAUAUAGCGAAAUGAAUUUAAUAAUUUACGCUUUACCCUUUUAUCGUUUUUUGUUAAUUCUCUCGGUUGUGGAAGCUGGGGAGGGGGACAACUUCCACAAAGCACCUAUUUGUACGUCUAUUUCUACAAAGAAUUACCAUGAUAAUGCCUGUCUUUGAAUCCAUAAAUCACCUUCUUAACUUUGACUGUUGUCGAAAAGCCUCUGGAAACUGUUUUAAAUUUUCAGAAUUCAUCCUCCUGUAUUUUGGUUCAUAGUCACGUGGAUUGUACUUGGGCAAUUUUAUCUUUAAAAAUCCUGAUAAAAGAUUUUACGUAGGCCUGUUACAAUAGACAGACAUAU